ACCCCUUGUAGCGGCUGUGCUACCCGGCGCUUGGGGGUGGCAAUUUAUGAAGUUUUGAUGCCGAGACGCUAAACAAAAUUGGGCUAUGCAGGGUGCCGAGCAGACCUGCAUACACACCGAAGCCAGUGAGAGGUAAUGGACCCAAGGGACACGGCCUGAGCUCCAGCUGCAUGUAGCCUUGCGGUCCUUGAUCGUUUGUGUACCUCCACGGCCCGGCUUCGGGUGCUGCCAUUCAAGCUGGAUCCUCAACAAGUCGCCGGCAUGGAGCCACAGCCGGGGGUGCUAGACAUUCUGGCUCAAUUCUGCCACCGCCUGCUGCAUUGGGGCCCGUUGACGGCGCUUUGCAUCAUCAAAUUCAUUUUCCUGACCAGUCUGUACGUGACAUCUAUGUGGCUCUCGCCUUAUGGUUCAACGCUAGGCACCGUCAACCACGGGAUAUUCAUCUUUUGGGUUGGAGUUCUGCUGUACAAUUUCUUCAUGGCCGUCGCUAUGGGACCGGGCUUCGUGCCUCUGAAGUGGAGGCCGGACCAGCCAGAAGAUGAGCAGUUCCUACAAUACUGUGCAAACUGUGAUGGAUUUAAGACACCACGGUCACAUCACUGCCGCAAGUGUGAAAGGUGUGUCCUCAAGAUGGACCAUCACUGUCCGUGGAUCAACACUUGUUGUGGGCACCGGAACCACGCCAACUUCACACUUUUUUUGUUCUUUGCUGUCUGUGGCAGCAUUCAUGCCUCAGGGCUGUUGAUCAUGGGCCUUACUAAAGCUUACCACAGGAAAUACUACAUGCGCCAAGGUCAAGAGGACAAUCUAGUUUACCUGGGUUUCUUCCCUUUUCUGGCCACGGUGCUGAGCUUGGGCUUAGCCAUUGGUGUCAUCAUUGCAGUCGGCAGCCUCUUUUUUAUACAGCUGAAAAUUAUUGUUCGCAACGAGACCACUAUUGAGAAUUGGAUUGUGGCCAAGGCCCAGAUGAGAGAACGUGAUGAUGAAGAUGACUUCGUCUAUCCGUACAACCUGGGCGUGGCUGAAAACCUGAAGCAGGUCUUUUUCUACCCACUUGGCGAUGGCAUUACUUGGCCCGUGGUGCCUGGAUGCAACCAGUAUACACUGACUGUAGAGCAGAUUCUUCAGAAGCACGACAAGCGUCUUCGAACUCGCCUCUAUACUGUGGUGUACCCAUACCGUGGCUCCUUUUUCCCGAUUUCACAUGGCUGCUCUGUCUGCAUGACCACACCACUCACCGAUGAGCCCCGCAUUGCAGUCAACCCUGGCGAUCGUGUUCUUGUUACUCGGUGGAAAAAGCACUGGCUUUAUGGAGAAUUAGAAAGUGCAAAGUUUUCUACAAAAUCUUCACGCAGGCCGAAGGGCUGGUUCCCGCGACAGUGUGCUGUUGAAGUUGCUGGCAGUAAGGGGAGCCGUAGCUUCACAGAGGCAUCAUCGAGCUUCGCUGACUACAAGAAGUACAAGUGAAACAGGCCGUCGCGUCACUGCACUGCUGCAGCCUCCAUUGUCUGCCAAGCCUAGCUGCCAGAUUUCAGACCAGUCAGAUUUUUUCUUCCCAUGGGCCGCUGUCACUGUUGUGUGCGUAUGGACUCAGCUGCUCCCCAAGUUAGUUGUAAAUACCAUUUACAAAGAAAAUUUUUUGUCACUUUGCCUUUCCUGGAGGGGCCUUUUGAGUCAUUUCUCAAUUUUUUAUUAAUGUUUUGAAGAUCUAAAGCAAGUUUCUACUGUGAAGCCUUAAAAAGAAAACAAUGGCAUGAAUUGCUGUUGAAAAGCUGUGCAUGACUGUUCUUCAGGCUGACUGGUAGAUGGAGAGAGUCAGCCUGUGAGUGUGCAGUGGGCUGCCAGAGAGUUACUAGACUGUGCCUUUCCAUGAGUUGUAGUUCUGAUGUAGACAUUUCCAGUUGCAAGAUUUCUUGGGCCUCUCAAAUGUGUUGUGUUUUUGUAGUGGGCUUAAAUUCAGGUUGACGCUCCUGUGGAUACCGAGUGCUUGCUCCACAACUGGGCAUUGAAGGAAGAGAUAAAAAAAACUUGGCUUUGGUUAAAAGUUGCAAUGGCAUGUGUCACAUCAACCAAGUUAGGUUGAUGUGACACAUUCCACACAUAAACCACCAGGUUAGGUGCAAAAGUGAGAGUCGAGGCCUGAACAACCAGUAAGGUGUUGUGCAGGAGCUUUGCUGUAACAGUUACUAAAAAAAGCAGUGAUGUUACUACACAGGUGAACUUGUAAAGUAGAGCAGAUCGGGCAUGUAAUGAAAUGACAGAAGUAGAUUGUGCACUCACUGUUCAGCAAAGAGUUUGUGACCUAGCUUGGUUUAUGGCACUUUGCUUUUGCUGCAUAAAGGGUCAGAGCAGUAUCUUUUAAAGGGCUCCUGAACUACCCCUUAGGCUUAGUGAAAAAACACAUUCUCCGAACAGCAAACCAUGCUAUGAACAAUUCAUCCAAAUUUUGUAGUCGUGUGCAGCACAGAGAGUUUACAAGCGGUGUGCGAAGUUGCCACUUUCUCAAGUGCUCUUCAUACAGAGGCCGUGUUCUCACUCACUUUGGUGGGCAAACUGCAGAUUGCUGCUAUUAGCUAAGAGCUGACAUAAAUCAGGAGCGGCAUUUGGAUCAGAUUCAUUUCUUGCCACAUGCCAGCACCAUGCUUUAUAGUGUGCUAAAAUUACACAGCAGCUACACUAUUGUAUGCAGGAAUCACAGCGAGAGAGAGCGAUUGCCUUUCAUGACAUGCUGACGUAGCUUCUUUCCCCUGUGUCAUCCCCCCCUGUGUAGCUUCCAGUGCACUCAUCUGGAUGAGAGGAGUGCGAAAUUGCUUAAAGCAUGUGACAUAUCCCUGUAACCCCGCUUGUUCUUGACAGAUUCAAGAAAUUUUUGCACCAAUUGAUUCGUGGGGCAAUAAACUCCGGUACUGAGGUCAUUCGAUGAUUACGUGGAAAAGUGGUUCAGGAUCCCUUUAAGAACGAGGAAUGGGGACAUGGUUUGGGAAACUGAAAGUGACAGCUGUAGAUAUCUACACCAAACGGAAAAUGAGGGGAACUUCAUUACGGAGUCACUGUAGUAAAGAAGUGAUUGCGUUCUACAUUCUCGCAGUGAUCUAAGUCAACCAAAAAUAGGAUGAAGAUGUGCUUGCCUAUUCACUUUGUUAGUGGAUUUGAUCCAGAGUGAGGGCUCCUGCAUGUUGGGUGUUGCUUUGAAAUGUUAAAGGCCAACUGCAGUGGAAGUUUUCCAACACAUAAAAAAAAAUUUUGUAGCAUAGUAUACUAGCUACUAACAUGGCUUUGCGCAAAAUUUUGUGUUUGAAGUCUAAGUGGGUGCAUCAGUAACGAAUUUUUUAAAAAUUAAUGGUGUCAGUAUCAAAAGUGGAAAGCAGUAUUGGAGCUCACUGGAAGUGACACAGAACCCAGACUCCGAGUGACUUGAACCAACAUGUUUGCUAGAUCCUUCACACACUUUGUAUAUGCCGUGUGUGGCUUCCCUUCCAAGAUGUUCUUGUGUAAUUUGAAAAGCAGAAAAAUACCAUUGGGACAGCUCCCAUUGUGCUGCAUGUGGUUGUGGGAUUGAUGUUAUAUAUCUCUCCUGCUGUGUAGCUGCAUGGAACACUGCUGAGGUGCCUGUCGUCUACUAUGGGCAAUCUGAAAGCUGCUAUAGUUUAAGUAUACGUGAUGUUGCUAGCCUUACGACCUCGUUGCAAUUACUUUGGUGCCACCCACUGUCGGCUGUCGUGGAAUUGAACAGAAGUGAAAUUCUUCUGCAGUUGGCUUUUAUGAAAUUAAGUUGAACUGUAUUAGUAAACCAUUCAGCUUUUCUGAGCAAGCCACUGUUACCAUAUUGGAAACCCUUCUAAGACCAAAAAGGAUUAAAUACAGGUGAAAUCACUCCUUCACCAAGUUGCCAUAAUGUCAUGGACUUUGAAAGUGUAUGCUCGGGCCCAUGGAAAUUUUUUUAGGUAAGGAUUGCCUAUAUACUAUUUCAAAGAAGGCAAACAUUAAACUUAGCAAGUUUCAACAGCUUCUACUUUGCCACAAUGGGCCAAAUGCUACGAGAAAAAUUUACUUUGAUAUUGGUGACAUCACACUGAUGUACCAGCACCGAGGCAUUGGCAUGAAACUUAAGAAACGCAAGUUUGCCCUUCAUUUUCUCUUGUUUAUUCAGACAUGUAUUUCGAAAUAAUGAAAGAGUUCUAAAACAGUAUCAUGUCUGACCUAAUUUAGUGUACCUUUAGUAUGUUUAGCUGAAAUGAAACUGUAAAUUCUUAAAGCUGGUGGAGUCUUUUUUUUUUUUUUUGUUAAAUGUACACUUGGACAAGAACAUGAAAUAUUCUCACCAUGUUCUCUAUAAAUAUGUUGGCAUGCUAUAGUUUUGCUCCAUGAAACAAAAAUUUUGUGUACUUGUGUUUUUCAGCACCCAAUAUCUCGUGCGAUGGAAAGGAUCAUUACCUUUUAUACAUACUGUUUUCUUCUUAUUAUACAACAUGCAUUGAAUUUUUUUAGUUGCUCAGUGCAUUCAUGUAAAUAAAGUUUCUAUUUUGUUAUGGU